UGACGACGAAGGUGACGAUGGCGACAGCAUCCACAACCACAAGCAGAACACCAACACCAAUAUCAAUAACCUCAACUCCUAAAGCAGGCAACGACGGCGACGAUGGAUUCCACGCAGUGGUCUUUCACGAAAUGCGAUAUCGACCUUGAGACGGGCAUGCCUCGCACGGUGUAUCGCACGAGUGGCUUGAAACCUGACUCAUGGGCACAGGGAUGCGGCACGGACAUGCGGUUACUGGUGCCUGGGGAUGAAGAAGCCUUGAACUUUGCAGCACCCAGGCUAAAGGCCUUCUUCGCGCGCAUGCAUCUCUUGCCGGACCGUCCCGCAGGGGUGUCCUUCGCGUGUGAGGGUUGCCUGGACAACAUGAGCGUCUGCGUGCCUCGUGGAGGGAGGGACGCCUCGCCCCACCUGCUGCUCGACAACCAAGAUCUCGUGCGGGCUUUCGCAAAGGGUCUCUCGGCUAUGGCCCAAGCCAACAAAGCACCCAUCGGUACAAUCCAGACACCACCACCACGGUCAGCAACAACGGCAAGCCUUGGUGGCCAGACCGAAGGCUCAUCACACUCGAACGACACACCAGACCGUGGCACAGAUCAGCCUCAGGCCCAACAACACCUCCAUCAGCACCGGCAGUCUCAGGGCUGCGUUGGAGGGCAGCGGGAGGGCAGCAGCAUUGGCAGCGCUAGCCGGGGGAUUCAGAGACUGGAGGAAGCUGACUCUAGUAGCGAAGGAGCAUCGUCAUCAUCGUCAUUUGCAAAAUCAUUUCCGGGUCACCUGGACUUCGCUGCUGAAGAUGUGGCUGUUUUCGAGUGUCAGGGCAAGCACAGCAGCACUUGGGUGAUGGCAGCCGUAGCAGUGGAGCGAGCGCCGCCCACGAGGGACCAGGGCACCUUCACACAGCAGGCCGAUAGGGGCGAAACAGCGGUGCCCCUCUUCGUGCACCGCUUCGCGAACGGCGUUCCCAUGCUGGACACGAACACGUCCGCGGCUUGCGCCCUCGUGGCGGGGGUGGCCUCAAAAGGCAGCUGGAGGAACCUAGGGCUCAAGAUUUCAUCGGCGCGCGUGCGAAGGAGGGAGGGAAGGGUGCAAUUCAUCUUGUCCGAGGCUCCGACGCCCCUCAAGGUGAACGGUGGCGCGGAUUGGUCAGCCCUUGCCGACAUCAAGGCAGUCCACGUCGCAAUCACGGCCAACUCGCAGACGGUGCCCUACACCAGCCUUAGAAAGGAUGCCAUCGCACACAAAGAGGGCUACGUGUCAGCUGCGGAAAGCGCGGUGCGUCAGGGGCUGCUAUCCCUCAGCAACCGCGAGUCGGGCGGGUUCCGCUCGGCAGCGGAGGCGGCGAAGGAUAUGAUGCAAGAGGACUUGAUCCCGCUUGUUGCUUCGAGCGUGGCUUCCAUGGUCAACCGCAGCGCGGACGCCAACUUCCAGAAGAAGUGCCUUCAGGCUCUCGGUGUCGGGCACGAGUACGUGCAGGAGCGGCGCCUUAGUGACCUGCUCCGGUUCGAGCUGCAGGAGAACAUCCGCCAAGAGGAGGAGCGCCGUAGCGUUGCGGCUACGGCGAGAGCUGCGGCGCGGAGGGCAGAGGAGGCUGGAAAAAAGAAGAAAGCUAAAAAAGUUGGCAAGGAGAAAAAGCGCACCAACCCGGAAGACGAUGGAGAGUCAUCAUCACAGCAGGCAGAGGGCCGAAUGAAACUUUGAUAUGGAGGGC